AUGAGGUAUCGGGCCAAUCUGGCAGACAACCUCUUGAGUUUUCACCCGAUUACAGGCAAAUCGGAGAAGGGUGGGGAGGUGGACCGACAAACCCUGGCGGCCCUAGGGGUCAACCUUUCCCAGGACAUAGACAGCCGCCCUCCAGUAGAAACCCUGUCCGCGGCUGGGGGCCGAAGGGUCGCUGAUCUUUGCCCCUGCCUCGCCAGUCCUUCCCUACAGCCCCUGGCCCCCGGCUCCAGCAGAUCUCCCCGGCUCUUGCGCCCUCGUGGCUUCAGCGCUCCCUUGGCCCCGAGACCCCAGCAGCGGCCCCCUUGUCUCCAGCGCGCGCUUGUUGGCUCCUGCCGCGCCAUCCGCUCCACGGUCCCACAGCAGCGCCCCCCUCCCUCCAGCGCGCCCCCCUCGGCUCCAGCGCCCCAGCAGCGCCCUCGCGCCUGCCCUUUGUGCUCGGCUGCCCCCCCCGCCCGGGUGCCAGAGAGCCGCCCCCAUCCCCACAGGCGCCCCCCACCGUUCCCUCCCUCCCGGGCGGGAUCCUCCCCCUCGGCCUAG